GCGGACGUGGCGGCGGCUGUCGGUCCGGAAGGCGGCGACGGCGGCGACGGCGGCGACGGCGGCAGAAGAGCGCCCGGAACGGCCGAGCACCUGGAGUCGGUCAUGAGCUUCCCGGGGCCGCGGUGGCGGACGUAACCGUGUCCCCGCGUCCCAGCUAGAGGCCAGAUUGUAAGAUCAUGGCGGGGAGGAAUCAGAAUCGAUCUGUUGCCUUCCCAGGAAUUCAGGCCAGUGGCCAGCUGCAUCCCUUUGGAAAUUGUACAGACAGUGAUGUGUUGGAAGAAGAUGCCGAAGUGUAUGAACUUCGAUCCAGAGGAAAGGAGAAGGUUCGAAGAAGCACAUCACGAGACAGACUUGAUGACAUCAUUAUAUUAACAAGAGAUAUACAGGAAGGGGACACUCUAAAUGCAGUAGCCCUUCAGUAUUGCUGUACGGUAGCAGAUAUCAAAAGAGUUAACAAUCUCAUCAGUGAUCAAGACUUUUUUGCCCUUAGGUCUAUCAAAAUUCCAGUGAAAAAGUUUAGUUCUUUGACUGAAAGUCUUCAUCCUCUGAAAGGAAGACAAGGCUCUCAACCCCCACCUGUUGCAUUUGCUCAAGAACAGGAUACUGUGCCCGUGGAGGACUCUCUGUCCUCCAGAGGGUCAGCUGGCAGUUUCCUGAAAGAGGUGGAUCGAGACAUAGAAGAACUGGUAAAGUGCACAGACACCAAGAAGGAGAACCUGAACGAGGUAGUGUCUGCCUUAGCAGCACAACAGAUCCACUUUGAGCCGGAUAGCAGAAGCACUCACAGAAAGGACCCAUACUAUGGAGCCGACUGGGGAAUUGGCUGGUGGACAGCGGUAGUGAUAAUGUUGAUAGUGGGUAUAAUAACACCAGUCUUUUAUUUGCUUUAUUAUGAAAUUUUAGCUAAAGUGGAUGUUAGUCACCACUCAACAGUGGGCUCUUCACAUUUGCAUCCAGGACUCACACCUCCAUCGCAGCACAGAGAAACGGGAAAUGGACUUGUUACAACAAAAGGAAUACAUGCUGGUCAACAAGAUGACCACAAACUGUACAGGCAACAUUCUCAAUCCCCUGCUGCUCAGCACAAAACAUAGCAGUGAGCCUGAUCUGUGUGAUGAUCAUGUGUGCAUAUGGAAUAUGGUGGUUCAGAGAUACCCAACAACAGCUUCUAAGACAGAAUCUAGGAACAUGGAAGAUGCUUUGACCUUCCUAGGAGUCCCUGAACCUUUUACAGAUGGACUGUCUGUAACACACACGAUUGCUUCUUUAUGGUGAGAGUGGUCAGAAUACAUCUGCUGUGUCAGCUCUUAAAGCAGAAAUUAAUUUAAAUGUAUUUCUAGGAAUUAUAACAUAGAAGAUGCUGUCAUUUUUUUUAAUUUUUCAAGAUUAGUUAUGUUUAAAUUUAUUUUUUAAAAGAUUUUUUUAAUUUAAGAUUGUUCAUGUCGAGUGUUUCAAAUGCUUACAACUGAAGAAAAUUCACUACCAUGCCACCAAAAAACUUGUAAAAGUUUGAUUUUAAAAUUAUAUAUAACAUAUACUUAAUACUCAAUUUUGAAAUUUAAAAACACGUUUUAACACAUGCUAUGAAAGCAGAUGUAGAAACAUAUGGAAACAUAAUUUAUAAUUCCUGUAAUACAGGCUAACCAAUUUUAAAUAUAUUAAGAUCCCAAAAUAAUGUCUUAGGGUUGGAAACAGCCAUUUGAUUUGAUCACAAGGGCACUGAAACAGUCAAGACCUAGUCCAUGGAAAGGAAAUGCUCUAUGAGCAUCCCUCCAACCUCACUUCCACUUACAAAAACAAAACCAGAAGAACUACAUGUGUCUGAUAUUUAGAAGCACUGUGUAGACAGAAAAGCAUACUCAGCAUGUUGCUCGUUAUGCACUGUGACUAAUCACUGCUGGUACAAAUAGUAACAAGCCUUAAUGACGCGUAGUGCCUUACAGUGUCACUCGACAGUCAGAUUGCAUUCCAUAGGUCUCUCUAAGUUUGUCUGUCUUCAUCUUUAAGCAUAAGUUAAUGGAGUCAAACAAAUUGCUACUAUCUGCCUCUGAAGUCAUGCAGAAAAACAUGACUGACUAAGCAAAAAUGAGUGAACAGGACUUUUACAUUAGCAGGAGAUAGAUUACUUUAUGUGGUAGUCCCUUGACCUUUGCUUUUCAAAAAGAAAAUGUCCAGUUUAGAUUAUCCCCACUUAAUAUGCACCAUCAAAAUGAGAAACACAGGCUAAAGUUGUGUGGAUUAAUCAAAAGGGCUUAAUAGUGGCCUUUUCUAAGUCAACUGUGAUACAACCAAUUUGAUCAGAAAGCAUCUGUAUACUGAUUUCAGUGUUUAAUUUUAAAUAUGUGUUUUUAAAAUAUAGGUACAGGUGGUAGAAUCUGGAUUGCAUGUUUUCUGUAUAAUAAACUGCCCAUCUUAAAAUAUGUUUUAUCAUCUGACUUUCUGGACAUUAUUUCCUAAAUGUUUCAGCUUUUAAACAUUUUGUAUAUCAAAUUCCAAUUCUGAUACAGGGAAUUAUUAAUACAUAUUUAUUAUACUGGGGGGUUAUAUACUUUGAGAAGAAAAAGCACUACGAAAAGACACAGAAGUCAGUCAUUUUAAAACCCUUACAUAUAUGAGAGAAGUUUAGAAAAUUACCUUUAAAGUAUUUAAUAAUAGGAAAGUUGUAGUAAAUUGAUUCACUUUGUAUAUCUUAGUUGAAAUAAUUUUUGUUUUAACAUGCCAUGUACAUUUUGAAAUGAGCACAAUCUUUCAUUAUGCUCAGUGUUAACAGUUUACAUAUUUAUUAAGCCUACUGAAAAAUCCGAUUUCAGGGCAGAAAAUGAAGACUUCAGGCAGCACAGGCUACAUAGCCUCCAAAGAACUUCGUUUACAUCAAACAUAAAGUUACAGAGUUGGCGAUUCUGUCUAGCUGAUUUUACUUUGGAGUUGUGAUCCGGGGUUUGUGAACUGUUUAACGGAGGAGAUGUUGGUUACAAUCAUGUCUGCCUUGAGCAUCCAUUUCGAAGAAACUACAAUACACAUCCUUAGGAAACAACCAACCAAUUUCCUUUUCCUGUAUAUUUUAGAAUUACUAGUUGAAUAUAAUUCUAUAUGUAGAAUUAUGCUUUUAUCUUUAAAAGAAAAAAUUUAAACAUUUAAUAGAAUUUUUGAAACUAUUAAAUACACAUUUGCAAAUGUAUGCAAAUUUUUGGCAACUGCAAACUCAUUGUACUCUAGACAACAUAAGCACAAAUGUCAAUGAUGCUGUGGAUCAUGUUCAAGCCCUUACUUGAAUUUGCUUUGAGGCUUUAACAUGUGUGUGUGUAUACAGUUAUAAUAUAAGUGAGUCAUAGUCAUUAAUAUCAGUUUGCUUAAAAAUUUGGAAUUGCAAGUAAAGAAAAGCCUGAUAUUGUUAGGACAAAUUCUUGACUCGUUAAACACUAGUUAGAGUUUGUUUUGAACCAAUGGAUAGCUACUUAAAUAUUUUCACUGUCCUUUCUGCAAAACAAAACUAUGGUCUGCUGGCCAUGCUAUAGAUUAGGAAGGAGCGUGCAAUCUCAAGUUUUCUUUUCCAGUGGAGUUUAAGUGUUAAAAACUUUUCUGGACUGUGCUUUUUGGUGGUGUGAAAAUUCAUUAAAUGAACCACUCUUUAGUAACUGAUUAUAUCUCACUGGAAAUGUGAAGGCUGUGGUUAGAAAAGGAAGCAGAGAUCCAGUCUCAGUGCUAGAACAGAAUUGAGUUAUUUAAACACUGCAUUAUCAAGGGACUCGGAUUUUGAAUUACAACAUUAUUGCUCAGGAAAUCAGUAUUUCUAAGUAUGUGCAUAUUGCACUGUUAGCUCAUAGAAAUAUAUGAAUGCUUUAAUUCAUUUUAUGUAUGCAAAGCUAUAAAUCCUUUGUAUGUGUUUUAUAUAAUUGCAAAUGUAUUAAACCAUUGUAGCAUGUAUAUCUGUAAAACUGGUUUUUAAACUUUUUGCCUUUUCAUAUUUUAAGGAUAUGCAAAAUAUUAAUAAAGUUUCUAUUUUAUUAA